AUGCAGCUCCCUCUCGGUGUCUCUCUCGCUGCCCUUGUCUACGCCGCCCUGGCAGAUGCCCAGGCCCGAGCUGGCACAAGAUGCGGCAACACCGAGUACUCGGCCACCGACGUCAACAGGGCCUCUACCGCGGCCUGCAACUACGUCCGAGACGGCGGCCGUGCUGGCAGCUCCACCUAUCCCCACGAAUACCGCAACUUUGAAGGCUUUGAGUUCCAGGGCUUGGAACCUCCCUUUUACGAGUUUCCCAUCCUCUCCUCCAAGAGGGUCUAUGGCGGUGGUCGCCCUGGUCCGGACCGCGUCAUCAUCACCCAGGACUGCUCGCAGGCUGGUCAACUCACACAUACAGGCGCCAGUGGGAAUCAAUUUGUUGGAUGCUCUGGGACGAACUAA